CAACUUUCUUUUCUUUCUUCUUGACCAUUAGCAAGCAUGCAUCCCAUAGUAGGGACACUGGCUGUCUUCGUCACGAUCCUCGCCGGUUUCCGGCUGGACCUGGCCGCCGGGCAGAAUUGUGGUUGUGCAGCGAACCUUUGUUGUAGCCAGUGGGGUUAUUGCGGCACCGGUCCUGCAUAUUGUGGUCAAGGUUGCCGGGGAGGGCCUUGCUCUGGCGGCGGUGGCUCUGGUGGUGGUGGUACAUCUGUGUCUGACGUAGUUACACCACAGUUCUUUGCUGGGAUAAUUAACCAGGCCGCUGCUGGCUGUGCUGGUAAGAACUUCUAUACUCGUGACGCCUUCAUUAGUGCACUUGGUUCGUUCCCUGGGUUCGGCACGGCUGGGACUGCGGAUGACUCUAAGCGCGAGGUUGCAGCCUUCUUCGCCCAUGCAACACAUGAGACAGGACAUUUCUGCUACAUUGAAGAGAUAGAUGGAGCUUCCAAGAAUUACUGUGAUCGAAGCUCCACCCAGUAUCCAUGCUCGCCGGGAAAAGGCUACUUCGGCCGCGGACCGCUCCAAUUGUCAUGGAACUACAACUACGGGGCCGCCGGAAAAAGCAUCGGGUUCGACGGGCUUAACGCGCCGGAGACGGUCGCCAACGACGUCGUCAUCUCAUUCAAAGCAUCUUUGUGGUUCUGGAUGACCAACGUGCACUCGGUCAUGGGUCAAGGGUUCGGCGCCACCAUCCGAGCCAUCAACGGCGCGCUGGAGUGCAACGGCAAGAACACAGCACAGAUGCAAGCUCGCGUGGGCUACUACAAGGCCUUCUGUCAGCAGCUGGGAGUCUCCCCAGGCGACAACCUCACCUGCUAGGCUGAAUUCACUUCUCCAUUCCCAACUAGUUAGUGAAAUAAUGUUGUGGCCUAUCCGAGCCAUGAUAUAACAAUAAUGAGAAUAAGAUCAUGCAUUGCAGCAGAAAUAUGCCAAAGAUCACUAGGUCUUUGCUUCUAAAGUCUGAUGGCAAUUAUGAUCAUACUUUGUACGAGUUUAUAAUUGGAAUAAUAUUUGUUGCUUGCUUGGU